CCUCGUGCCCCCCCUGAUCCCCGUGACGUCACUCCGCUCGGGCUCCCGUAGACGCCGCGAGUUGGACGCCGUGAGUCGAUCCCCUCGCUCCACGCGGGGAGAAGGAGAACCCCCCCCCAUAGACCCCCCCCUUAGACCCCCCACAUAGACCCCCGACACGAACCCCCAAACCCCCCCCCCCCUUCCCCUACAACCGCAGCCAACCCCGGGCUAGGGAGAGGCCUCGGCGAACCCCGGGGGGCGCCUACGAGGAAGCCGCGGCCCGGGGCUCAAACCCCGUCCCGAUCGGGGUUUAUUGAUCCCUCAUCAUUACAUUUCGCUUCGGAUCCAGUUGCCAGGUGAUUUCAUCGCGGGGCGCGUAGUGGGGGGGGGGGGGGUGAGUAAAUUUGACCCCCCAAUUUGUUGGGGUGGGUUGGUGGGGGUCCUCCUGUGUUCAUUUCGGCCUAGAGAGUGGCGGGGGGGUGGUGAGCUCUUCCAGGAUGUGAUCGGCCGACCCCGUCCGAGGGGUCCCCGGCUGAGUUGGGGGUGGUCGCGGUUGGGAGUCCGGUUCCCGAUCGGGCCGACCUAAACAAUCAGGCCUCCCCCUCUUGCCCCCUGUCCAAGGUCCCCCCCCCCCGACCCCCUACCAAUGGGCCCCCGUCGUUGCGGGGGGCCCGUGACGCCCCCCGUGGUCGUGUUCGCGCUGUGCUGCGCGGCCGCGGGCGCCGCGUGCCUCUGCGUGGGGGAGUUCGUGCGGAGGGUGGCGGUGCGCGACCCCGACGUGGCGCAGGACUGGAACUCCCUCCUGCUGCACCUGGGCGAGCUGGAUCUGUGCGUACAGGAGCAGCGGUCGGAUAACGACACGCGGGAGGUCACGCUGCCUCCGUCGCCGCCCGCCCCGGCGAGGCCGGCCCGCGCCCUGCCCACGGCGCCGGGGCCCGGGGCCGAAGGGCCGUCGUCGGCUCCUCCACUUUCCCGGCCCGUGUCGGUGCGUGUCCUCGUGACCCUGACGCCGUCGGCGGGGUCCGCGUGGGGCCGGUCGGGCGCCGUCUCUCAUCUGGGCAUCUCGCUGCCGUCACAAGCUCUCCGCCUAGCCGGUCCGAGUCGGCCCGUCAACGUCACCUUGUCCCUGGCGACCACGUGGGACUCGGACGACUGUCAUCUCCAUGGCAACUGUCAGGCGGCGAGCUACAAUGCGUGUGCGAUUGUGUGGGCGGAUUCAGGCGUCCUGCCCAACACCCCGAGGCCCGAGAGCUGCGACCCGGUCGACGCGGAACUCCGGCGCCUGGAGGCGACGGUAGCCGAGGGGACGGCGGAUCCCGGCUGGUCCCGGAGGCCGGGAGAGAUCGGGAAGCCGAGCGGCGCCGGGUGCCGGGGUUCGCCCGUCCUGAGGGUGUUCCACACGGAAGAGCCGGGACUCUCCGUGCUUCUCUCCCAGGAGCGACGCUCCGUGAUCGGAUUGCGGCUGAGUUACUCUGCGGCCGCGAUGGCCGGCUCCCUGCUGCUGGUGCUGGCGUGCGGCGCCCUGGGAGGCCGCACCCGUGGGCCGGCCCGGCCGGCCCUCACCGAGCUCAGCCCCCACAAGAUGUCGCUCUCCGGCCAGUAAAGUAAAUCCGGGCGUCCACAGAAGGUGAAGUCACCAGGCUGUAACACCUCAGGAGGUGACGGGAGCUCACCGUCGUGUGAGCUAUCAGCGUCUUUCUCCGCACGGUGACCCAUGGCUACAACCUCAUUUUCAGAAAAAAAAUACGCUGUAAAUUUUUCUUAUAUAAGUCUGUUCUCCUAUAACGCGUGUUUUUAUAACGCAAAUUGGAUAUAACGUGAUGAAUGUAUUCGGGAACACAUUUUUUUCAUCAUGCUGAUGCAUAUCGGACGUAACGGAAUUGAACAUAAAACUACCGUCGUGCAAGUAGGAAUAAGCGGUUGGUUAGCGCUCCUCGGCAUAGCAUCACACAAGGCAAGAUGCUGCUGGAUGUUUCGAGAUGCUACCCACCCGCCUCAGUCUUUGUUCAGCCUGCAUACGCAUCGCACUGAUGCGUUGACACGAGCAGUUAGAUAUCACGUAUCGAUUAAACAGCCUCCUCAUCCACCCAAAAGUAAUUUGAUACGUUAUCACGAUUCAGUUUAAGGGUUCGAUUCGUGAAUAGAAUAUUUUUUGUGAUCCGUAUUUUAUUUUUUCUCGGGUUCGGCCAUGUAGUUGAUGCCGAAAUUCUUGUCGGUGGACCUCCACCACCCCGACAAGGCUUGUCACGUUUACCAAGAAGUAAUUUUAGACGUGGCCAACGUACCGAUCAUAUUCUGACCAACCACAGCUUCAGAAUUUUCACGACUAAAUUUGCAAUCAACAAAACAGUCCCGAAUGAAACGUCGUGUGUUGGCCACGAAAUGUUUUAAGGCAUCGGUGAGAAGCUUUACUGGUCAGAAUUUGAUCGAUAUAUUGGGCAGGUGUAAAAAAACAUAGCUGUCAACCCAUACGGUUUACCAAUAUUCUUAUACAGGGAAAUUUAGUUUUUAGGUCCUUUUGGCGUACAGCCGUUUCAAUGCGGGCAAUUACAAAAAUGUAUAAUUGU